CUUUAGCCGCGUUUGUGACCGAUUAGACAGUUCAAAUGGCGAAUCGUUAUGUAACCAAGUUUUGUGCACAACAGUAUCGGUAUUGAUUAUCGUUAUUCUAGAAUUCUAGAACGAAUGAACAUUUGCUUUGGUGGCUAAGAAAUCCCAUCUGAAGUGUUUCACCUGAUUGGAAAGUUUAUUUUAACCUCAAUUUGAGUCAUACAAAUUUAAGUAUGUGGAAGUGGUAUAUUGUCCAAAGCUGAAUUGUGAUUGUGUGAUUGAUGGUGUAGACGUCACAAGAUUACAUAACAAGGUCUAGGCAGGAGUGACUAGCAAAAUUAUUGCACGUCUCAGCGUUGUUAGAGUAACGGAUUUGUGCGGUGGGUUUGGUACGUGGAAGUGAAAGGUGUGAGACUAGAGUUCAGAGCUUUUCGUAUUAUUUAUUUCAGUUGACAGUAUGGGUAAGAUAACAGCUGGACCAGUUGUAGACAUUCUUGGAGAUGAAAUGACAAGAAUUAUAUGGGAUUUAAUUAAGGAGAAGCUCAUUUUACCAUUCCUCGAUAUUGAACUUCACACGUAUGAUCUUGGAAUUGAAUACAGAGACAAAACCGAUGAUCAGGUCACCAUAGACUGUGCAAAUGCUAUAUUAAAAUAUAAUGUAGGCAUUAAAUGUGCAACAAUCACACCAGAUGAAAAGCGGGUGGAAGAAUUCAACUUGAAGCAAAUGUGGAAGUCUCCUAAUGGAACAAUUCGUAACAUCUUGGGGGGAACAGUGUUUCGUGAAGCUAUCAUCUGCAAGAAUAUUCCUCGACUGGUGACAGGCUGGAACAAACCCAUCAUCAUUGGACGGCAUGCACAUGCCGAUCAGUAUAAAGCUACUGAUUUUGUUGUUCCUGGAGCAGGUAAGCUUGAGCUUAAGUGGACCCCCACAAGUGGCGAUUCUAAAGAAAUUGUACACACUGUUCAUGAAUACAAGGGGCCAGGUGUUGCACUAGGCAUGUUCAAUACAGAUGAGUCAAUUACAUCAUUUGCUCAUUCAUCAUUCCAAUAUGCACUUGACAGAAAAUACCCACUGUAUCUCAGUACGAAGAACACGAUCUUGAAAAGGUACGAUGGAAGAUUUAAAGAUAUUUUCCAGGAAUUGUAUGAUACUAAAUACAAGCCCCAGUUUGAAGCAUUGGGAAUUUGGUAUGAACAUCGCCUGAUAGAUGACAUGGUGGCAUAUGCUAUGAAGUCAGAAGGCGGUUUUGUUUGGGCAUGCAAGAACUAUGAUGGAGAUGUGCAGUCCGAUUCUGUUGCUCAAGGAUACGGUUCUCUGGGACUAAUGACUUCAGUGCUGAUAUGUCCUGAUGGUAAAACCGUAGAAGCAGAAGCAGCUCAUGGAACAGUUACACGUCACUACCGCUUCUACCAACAAGGGAAAGAAACUUCUACGAAUCCCAUCGCCUCAAUCUUUGCGUGGACACAAGGACUAUCCCAUCGAGCAAAACUGGAUGACAACAAAGCGCUUGCAGAUUUUGCCAAGAAACUAGAAGCAGUCUGUAUUGAAACUAUUGAAGCCGGUGACAUGACAAAGGACCUCGCAAUUUGUAUUAAGGGCAUGGCAAACGUCCAGCGUUCGGAUUACCUGGAGACAUUUGCUUUUAUUGAUAAGCUUGCUGAGAAUUUGAGAAAGAAGCUGGGUGCUUGACAUUUUACAAAAGGACAGAGUAAACUGUGACUAUUAUUUUUCUAUAUUCUUAUCCAUCCCAUGCCCUCAGUCUGUAUGCUUAAAGGUCUUUUAUAGACUGCUAGAGUGCUUGCUUGCAAGCAUGUCAUGUGAGAUUUAAAGUGUUCAUGCUGUAGGGUACUUGGUGGACCAAGCAUUUAACUCAUUCAUUAUAAUUCUCUAUCCUGGUUAAUUGAUAUUAGACUGGUGUUAGGAAUAUUUAAUACAUGAUAUUCUUAUGUUAUAGGAAUAAUAUAUUGAUGUAUUAAAUACACACUAUGAAGUGUCUGUACUCUACUUAAUACGUAUAUUUAUCCUAAUUUGGGGAAAUGUUUACAGUACAGUGAACAUAUUUCCUGUUUCUUAAUAUGGAUUUUAGUUGUUCAUGGUUGAUUUAAUAUCACUGUCAGUAGGUCAGAUCAUAUAGUGACAAAUGUGUUGGAAAGGAUAUGAAAAGCCAAAGUCACAUUUGCCUGGCGAGAUUGAGGAAAAUCACAAAAAAAUAUCAGCAAGGAUAACUGAUUUCUGUGCUGAGAACAGGCUGGAAUGUUCUGAACAUGAAAGAAUGGUA